UCUAUGAGUGGCAGCCGAUCUCAAGAGGUAAAUCACGCACUGUGGUUAGUUUGGGUCUUUUGGGUGCGCAGAAAGACGCCAGUUUGCCGGAAUAUUUGGGCGACGAUCGCCGUCUCUGGCAUGAGUGAUCGCGAAUGUGUCUGAAGAUCACUUAUUUUCUGCAGUUAUUUAUAAAUCUGAUGUCUGUUUCGCCGUGCGAUCGCAGUUAGAUUUUGAUAUUCUCACACACUCCUUCGACGGUGAGUGAUCAAAGUGGAUUCAAGAAACUUUUGUACAAUUUCUCCUUUUUUCACCUUACUCAAAGUUUAUUGCAUAAAAUUUUCCACUUAACGUGUGGCAAUGUGUUGAACACUUGUGCUAAUUACGUGCAAGUUUACUGAGAUAUUUUGUCGGCAAAAUUUCUUCUUAAAAAAGUGACUUAUAUAUGUUUUAAAAAAUUGAGUUUCUGUGAUCUCUGACGAUCACACAGAUUUUUUCUGGAUGUUUCUACGGAAAAUUUUUGUGGUACGAAAAAAUAUUACGCAAGAGUGAUUUAGAAGGAAAAAAAGAAAAUUUGUGAACAAGAUCGCCAACAAAGGAGGUGAUUUGUGUAAGAUUAAGUGCUAAAAAAGUGGAAUUUGUAGGAAGAGUAAAAAAGUGUAGACAAAAUGAAAUCAUCUGUGAUAAAUUCUGGCAAUGGUGGCGGUGGUAGCAAUCCUCAGCAACAUCCACCAAAUGCCACCACAUCAGCACAAAUUGAUGGGAAUAAUAAUCCACAACAGGGGCAACCGAAUCAGGGACAAAAUCCACGAUAUCCCUUCUACGACUUUGACAUGGAUGACCCACGGGAUUUCUUCACAAAUCCCGCCCUCAGAUCACGACUGAAUCGCAUGCGAAAUCCGUGGAAUGUGAGCUUUGGGGCACCACGGAAGCGCCCAAAUCAGGCACCAGAGGAGGAAGACAGUGGCUUCGUGGAGGACCCCCAUGAGAGUUUUUUCACAAAAUUCGAUCCACACUGGAGUGAGGCAUCCCAGUGGCCACGCAGCAACCUCCGGAAGAGACAACCGAAUGACUUUGGGGGGCAUGGGGAUUUCUUUGAUCACUUCCCAGCAGAAUUUCGGCAGUAUAUUCCAGAUGAUUUUGGUUUCCAUCACCAACCCAUGGGGGGAUACCAUGGGCACCAGGUGCCGAUGACACAUCAAGUGCCCACGCAACGACAGGUGCCCCCACACACUGACAAGCCCGACAGGCCACGCUUCUGUGAUGCUGCAAUGCAAACAGACGAGGAACCACCCACGAGAGAUGGAGCAACAGAAACAGUAGCGGAAACACCUACACAGACAUCAGCAGAAGCAGGUGGUCCCCUGAAACAACAUGGACUGCGCAAUACAGUUGAUCUGGGACAGAAAUCACCACCAGAAGAGCGAGAGGAACGUGCCAAGAGUGCCCCACCGGAUGCUGAAGCUCAAGCUGAGGAAGUUCACACGAAAGGUGUUCAAUCUGAAACACCUGAGCAGCACCAGGCGCCUCCAUCGCCUUCCCAAAAUGUUCGACAUAUUCCAAUUAUUGUGGAACGCACGGAGAAGAAAGCUCCUGUGCCCCAACCCCCAAAACGAGGGGUGUCACAGAAGAAGUUUGUCCUUAGACCACAAGGAGGUGCACCAACAGACGCAGGAACAUCCCCUCCACCCCAGGAAGUACCACAAGCACCACAAUCACCACAAGCACCACCAACACCUUCAGCUGAGUCCAUUGCAAAAAUCCAGCAAAUUCAGAAUGAAGUGCUGGAAUUGAUGUUCAAAGUUGAGGCAUUUCAAGGGACAUCACGAACGGACAAGGAGUACCUCUGGCUCGAUGAGAUGCUUACGCGGAAUCUCCUAAAGUUGGAUACAAUUGAUACACAGGGAAAUGAUAGAAUACGACUGGCUAGGAGGGAAGCUAUUAAAUGCAUCCAAGCAUCAUUGGCCGUCCUUGAAGCUAAGGCUGAAGGAACAGCGAAAAGUGUCCCUGAUAGUGAGGAGCAAUCCACGGCGGAGGGCCCAAAGGAAAAUCAGGAAGAUACCAAGGAUCAACAAACUGUUCCAGAAGAAACUUCUGCGAAUUUAGCAAAAUCCGAUGAAGCUCCUGAAGAAGUGGACAAAUCAAAGAUUCCAAUUCCUCUACCACCCAUUGAGCCACGUACGGAACAAGUUCCAGCGGAAGGAGAAAAAAGCGAAGAGCGUAAGGAGCCCCCAAAGGAGGAAGAAGGCAAGACCGAGGCGAAGACUAAGAAAAAGAAAAUUGUAAAGAAAGUAGUGAAGGAUGCAGAAGGCAGUGUACAGAAUGAAGAUCAACAGACAUAAAUCUCUCUCUCUCUCUUCCACAUCUCCCGAGAGGAUUCUCUGAUUCACACAGGCAUCUCUCGCACAGUAAAUAAUCACGACUUAUUUACCAUGAAUUUUGCUAAAGAAAAUCUCCCAGAGUUUAUUUUAGAUGCGAGAAGAGAUAGGCCAAAAAGAUUUUAUUACUGAAUGCUCUUUUUUUCUUCUUUGGUUUUCUGGCACUCUGGGAAAUCCCACAAGCAAUAAUCUUUGUCAUUUUCCUAUACUCCCAAACUCACCCACGCUGUUGGUCUGGUUUUAAUUUUACUUCAUAUAAAUGGAAAAUGUUUGUUCUGUUGCGAAGAAUUUUUGCAAAGAAAAGGGGAAAACUAAUGAAAAUUGAAAAGGAAUUUUAUUAUAUUGAAUGAUUUUGCAGAAUUAAAUUCAUUAAAAAGGAAUCUCUUAUGUAAAAUAAACAGGAAGAGGAAUCAAUAAAUUAUUUUCAUUCAAUCUAUUUGCAAAAUUAUUUUAUUUCUCAGAAAUUCUCGGGAAUGUGGAGAAAAAGAAAACUCCAGUUGAGAGGAGAUUAACAAAUUGAUAAUAUUAUAGAAUAAAUAAGUUUUAUAUAUAAAUCUUAUACUUUGAAUAAAUUAUUUGAAUAAAUAAAAAAACCAUUUUAGAAGAGAAUAAAUUAACUUUAUAAAAUGAUAAUCUGCUGCAACUUUGUAAUUUUUUGAAUGAGAAAUGAAUAAAAUGCAUGAAUAUUAAAAUAAAA